CAGACUUUAAUGCUUGGCAGAUUAGGGAGUGGCUAGGAAUACAUAGGGCCUACUUGUAUUGAUCUACUCACUACCACAUAGGUAAAGAGAGGGAUGGAGAGUGCACUUUUUUGUGUAUUCUGCCAUUUUCUCGCUGACGUCUUCGAGGAGCUGUCUUCAUUUAGCCUGACCCUGCAGAGAAAAGACCUGAUCCUCCCCCAAGCAACGUCAGAGCUGAAGAAGACUGUGACCAGACUGGAAGCAUUUAAGUCCAGGGCAAAGUCAGGAGGCAUGCUCGAGAAGAUCCAGGCUAUGCUUGCUCAGCAUGGAGAGGAAGAUGAGUGUAGAUUCCAGGGAAUAUCACUGAAGGGGAAUCUCACAGGUCUUGCUGACUUCACCCACCCCCAGCUGAAGAAGCAUGUGGAAUCAGCCAUCAACAUCUGCGUGUCUGAACUGAAAGACCGGUUUGGUGGGCUUUUGGACGAUGGGGCUGAUGUCAGGACCCCAGUACAGGCCUUCGAAGUCUUCAACCAUGACACAUGGCCUGAUGACCAUGCCAGCCUUCUGACGUUUGGUGAUGAAGACGUGGCAGAAUUGGUGGCGCAUUUCAGAGAGCCUCUCAGCAGAUCAGGGUGUGACCUGGCAGCUGUUCAGAAUGAGUGGCAGGGACUGAAGAUCUUGGUCAGUCAACACUUCAAAGACAAGCACUACAGUGGCCUGUGGGAGACCAUGUUUACCAAGGAGCCAUACAGAGAGGAUUAUAAGAACAUACUGGAGUUGGUGCACAUGAUGCUGGUGCUGCCCAUUUCAGCUGCCCAGUGUGAGAGGGGUUUCUCCGCACAAAACCGAAUUAAGAACAGCAAACGAAGCUGCCUAGCAGUGAGCACAACUGAGGACCUCAUGAGAAUCAGCCUGGAGGGACCAUCUCUGGAAGACUUUGAUCCAAGCCCUGCUGUGGACCGCUGGAUGGACUCAGCAAAGCGUAGCAGGCGGCCAGAUUACAAAAUAUGGGAACGGGACAUUGUGUGUGUGUGAGGGUGCGGGAGGUUAUGGGUCAAUGAUUUGUCUGAAUGAAUUGAAUUGAAAUGAAUUGUUACACUUAUUACAUCUUCCCCGUUU